CCUGGAUUUUUUCUUCAUUACAGAUCAGAAGACAGGCCUAAAGAUGAUUAAGGUACUGGUUCUGCUUUCUGCCCUUCUGUGUGCAGUAAGCUGUCUUCCUAUGUUCGACAUUCUGCACCCUCAGAGACACUUGGCAAGCAGCAAGAAGAUUUCCUACAUUCACCCUGUUCAUGAGAAAACACUACACAAUCACUUUAGGCCUAAACACCAUUUUAACAGACAUUGGUCAACUUUAGGAGGCUGGGAGAUAAUUCGUCGUCCUUUCCACCCAUGUCCAAGAAAGCCUGCUCGCACCACCACAUACCCACCUAAAGUGACCACAGAGGCUGUGAGCAGAGCAUGGAGCACAAGCCAGAGUCUGAUUACUUCAGCAGGGCCUGUUUAUUCGGUGAAUCCCCUGACUACAACUGCUGCAGCUCCUUUUACUGCCUCAACGACAACGCCUGCAACACCGGUUGUGACCACUACCACCACAUACCCACCUAAAGUGACCACAGAGGCUUUGAGCAGAGCAUGGAGCACAAGCCAGAGUCUGAUUACUUCAGAAGCGCCUGUCGAUUCGGCCAAUCCCCUGACUACAACUGCUGCAGCUCCUGUUACUGCCUCAACGACAACGCCUGCAACACCUGUUGUGACCACUAGGGUCACCGGUGUCAUUAGCACAACUGAAGAAAGGGGUGACAUCUAAAACAACCUCAAAGUGCCAAAGAAGGUUUUGGAAAUAAUUCUUCAUCUUUUAUAUUUGGAGGAGAUGUCUGCACAUGGCUUCUCUUUCCAAAGACAGGGCUGUCAUUUCCUGAUUAAAAGUGCAGAAAAAUGUCGCGUUUUAACAAAUGUUCGCUUCUUCCUCUUGGUUGACAUUGUUGGAGCGUCUGAAACAUGUGCUGUAUUCAGAGAGUGGUCAGGUGUAUUGACUCACAAAUACCGCACAGUUUUUCUUAGUAUUUAAAAUUGU